AAAAUAAGUGAGCCGAGUCUCGCCGUCCAUUCAAGCAUCGUUGCCGCGAGUGUGUGUACGCGAUACAGUAGCCCGAGUGAAGCAGAGAGAGCUUGCACGUGAGACGGCUUUUCGGAAUAUUUUUCAAAAGCUCACCGAGAUAAUUUUCGAAGUGAAAGCUUGGAGGAAUCAUUCAGCGCGGGGGAGAUGGCAUUGAAGCUGCGGCCGCGCUGUAAUCUCGACGGAGCUUGAGGACCGGACGUAGGACUGCAGACCGUAGAAGCGCGAGAGGAGAGAAGAGAAGAGAGGAGAGGCGGACUGAGAGCUGAGAUAGAAUGACAGGGGCCUGAUCAUUGGUGGACACACAGAGGAGCCAGAGAGAGAGAGAGAGAAGAGAGAGAGAGCGGGGUAGCGUGUGUACCGGCUGCUGCUGCCCCUGGUGGGGAAUCGCCGCCGCCGCCGCGCGCGGAGGAAGAGGAAGGAGCGGAGAGCGCGAGCAUCGAAUACAGGUCGGCACGGCCAGGUGGGGAGGAAGAAAGCGAGCGCAAGCGCGCGACUUCGUUGACGUCGUCGCAGCCGACGACGCGACCGUCGCCGCACCGCCACCGCGAAGAGUGGGAGAAAAGAGCGAGAGGUACGAGCGCACCUCUAUACACACACACAGCUGAGAGAGAGAAGCAGAGUAGGGGUAUCGCGAGCCUUGUGGGGAGGAAGCAGCAAGCGAGCGAGCAAGUGAGAGAGAGAGAAAGAAGAAGAGCUAUAACGCGCGGGAGGAGGAGGUGGAGGAGGAGGAGGCUGAACUGAAGGAGGUGCGGAGAACACAGACGAGACUCUUCUCGCGGACGCGCUCAAGCUCUCUCUCUCUCUCUCUUUCUCCUUCUCUCUCUCUCUCUCUCUCUCUCUCGCCGUCGUCGUCGUCCUCGCUGUCGCCGCGGCCUCCGCCCGCAUCAGUGCUCUGGACAUCUGGAGAACCCGGGGACUCUCGCGCAUCCGACAGUUCUUGGAGACGGACGACACGACGAACUUUCUCGGUGGCUGUCGCGGUGACGGAGCUUGCGGAGGAGAGCUCGAUUGUGUGACAUACUGUUCUGUGGAGAGAUUCAGUGCAGGCGGUGUAUUCAAGGAUCGCUCGCGAGGCGGAUGGAUCGGAGGACACAAAUUCAUGUUGUUAGUGCUUUAUUAUUUUUGAGUUCGACAGACGAAAAAGCAGCGUCGCACCAGCGAUGAGAUCCAAGCCGGUCGCCAGGAAACUUGCACAGGGAAGCAGCGACGAGGGCGAGCCAGCAGGUGGGAGCGCGGGUGGCGGCUUGGGCUCGACGCCGACCAACAACAGCACCGCCGGAGGUGGCGGUGGCGGCGGCGGGGGCAGCGAGAGCGCCGCCGAGAUGGAGGAGAACGGCUCUCUGCGCUCGUCGAGCAGCGCCAGCAGCAGCAAUCCGCUCUACCAGCGCGAGUCUAAGUCCCUGAACUCCAGCGCUGGCGGUGGAAGCCACGACAUGCACGAGCUCUUCCAGCCCCGGGCUCUGCCCUUCGACUACCAGCAGCUCUUUGAAGACCAACAGCAGCAUCACCUCGGCAGGUCGCUCAGCAACAGGAGCGACGACGAGGACAGGAAGCCCUGGGAUUUCACCGACAAGGGAGCCCACCUCGCGAGGAACUUCAUCAAGAGGGACUAUCAGGAUGACUACCUUGCAGGACAAGCCCUGAAGCAGGAGCAUCUGAAGAACGAGCUGAACGACUACAUAAGCUCGUUGCCCGACAACCUAGAGCUGUCCCUGUCCUCCUCGGGCACGCCGUACAUUCGGGUGCGAAAGGAGAUCCCGGAAGGCACGAGGUUCGGGCCCUAUCUCGGCAACUGGUACAGCACCGACUUCAACCCCGCAAAUGCCUCUGAGAUGAUGUACGCGUGGAAAUACGCCCGGGAAUCGUUCGAGGACUCGAAGGACUGGAUGAAGCUGAUCCGCGUCGCGACGAAUCCCGACGAGGUGAACGUUCGGCAGAUCAAAGCCAAGGACGGCCACACGUACUUCGAAGCCACGCGCAACAUCGGAGCCCGCGAGGAGCUCCUCUCCCACUUCCUCGAGCCUCUGGUGAAGCCUCGACGCCUGAACAACGAGGACGAGAACACGAGCGAAUACGCUUCUCAACACAGUGGUGCUUCUCACGCCGACGAGGACAGGGAGGACGAGGAAGACGCAGAGACGAAGUGCACAGUCUGCGACAAGCCGUUCCUCGAUAUCGAAGUGCUCAACAACCACCUGGUCGUCUGCCACCGGUACCCGGCCCGCGAGCACUGCUGCUCGAGCUGUCCCAGCGGUUACGCCUGGCGGCCUCUGCUCGUCCGACACCGGGCUCUGGUUCACGGAGACGUGCGCAAGUACCCCUGCGAGAACUGCCCCAAGCCGGACGACCCGCAGGUUUUCACGGAUCCAUCGAACCUUCAGCGGCACAUCCGGGCCCACCACGUUGGAGCCCGCAGUCACGCCUGCACCGAGUGUGGCAAAACCUUCGCCACCAGCUCCGGACUCAAGCAGCACACCCACAUCCACAGCAGCGUCAAGCCCUUCCAGUGCGAAGUCUGCUUCAAGGCCUACACCCAGUUCUCCAACCUCUGUCGGCACAAGCGCAUGCACGCCAAAUGCCGCAUGCAGAUCACCUGCCCCAAGUGCAGCGCCCAGUUCAGCACCGUCACCUCGCUAACCAAGCACAAGCGAUUCUGUGACCCGAACGCGCCGCCCCAGUCCGGCCAAGCUGUCAACAUGCCGCAGCCCCAGCCGCAGCCCAACCCCUUCCUAUACCCGCGCCAGCCGCUAAGCUUCUACCCGCCGAGCCUCAUCAGCCACUACUCGGCCUCAUUCUUCCGGGGCGCCGGAAACCUCCUCGGACUGCCGCUGGUCUUUCCGACCAAGAAUCACGCCGAGGAGUCACUGGAGCAGCAGCAACAACAGUCGCAGCAACAGCGCCCGGAGAGCCCCAGGCAGGAGAGGUUCUCGCCGCCGCGAGCGGCCCUGCCUCCGAUGGAGUCGACUGCCCAGCAGCAAAUGCACGCCGCCAGCAAGGUCUCGCCCUCCGCGGCCGAGGAGGCCACCUCCAGUCUCAGGCCCUCGCCGGCUCGCCCGCCACCGGCGGCCACGCAAUCCGAGCCUGAGGAGCCGUCCAGCCCCAAGCCGCAACAGCAGCAGCAGAGUAACAAGCGCCGACACGAUUCAGAGGACGCUGAGGAGCAGCAGGAGCAGGGUAGCUCUGGAUCCGAGCAGCCCCUCGACCUAAGCGUCAAGACCAAGCGCAGAAGGACUCAGGAGCCGGAGCCCAGCAGCAAUCCUGAGCCGGAGCUCGAGACUCGCAGCGAGCAAACGGAGCCCGAGCCAGUUCCCGAGAAGCGACGACCAGAGUUCUCACCGGUGCAGACGGUUCCUGAGGACUUGGUUACUACCCCGCAGUCGCGACCUUCUAGCAGAGUCAAGAGCAGCGAACAGCGAGAACGCGAACGUGAACGCGAACGCGAACGUGAACGCGAACGCGAGCGGUCCGAGCGACCGCCCUCCGAGAGCAAGGAGAGCCUGUCCAGCCCCGUGAUGAGGAGCAGCAGCCUGCAGGUACCGCCAUCCGAGAGUCCGCAACAGGCGGAGCGCACGCCACCGCACAUGGCCUAUCCUAGACCCAUCCACCCGCUCUUCCUCGAGUCGAUGUACCGCAACCCGACUAAUCCGUUCCCUAACUUCCCCGGCAACAACCCAGCCGAGCACCGUCUUCUCCCCAUGCCCUCGUUCGGACCCGGACGCAUGCCCUUCUUCGGGCCGCUCAUGAACGGACUCGGCGCACCCAGACCCUCCGGAGGCUACGACGUGCUGGCCCGUCCGUCCGCUGCUGGCUUUCCUGGAGUCAAGUCCUUCCCGGAAUCCGUGAUGGCUCCCCAUCAGCAGGGGCCGUUUGCCGGUCACGCUCACGGCAAGAUCAAGGACCGCUACUCCUGCAAGUUCUGCGGCAAGAACUUCCCCAGAUCGGCCAACCUGACGCGGCACCUGCGCACUCACACCGGCGAGCAGCCCUACAAGUGCAAGUACUGCGAGCGCAGUUUCAGCAUCUCCAGCAAUCUGCAGCGUCACGUGCGCAACAUCCACGACAAGCAACGGCCCUUCAAGUGUCCCAUGUGCGAGCGCUGCUUCGGUCAACAGACGAACCUCGACCGACAUCUCAAGAAGCACGAGGCCGACGACGGCAGCGGUGUCGUCUCCGUCGCUGACUCGGCCGAUAGCAGCAACGAGAACGAGCGUGAGGAAACUUCCACCUACUUCGAUGAGAUCCGCUCGUUCAUGGGUAAGGUAACGUACGGCGGCGAUACGUCCUAUGGUCUGCCGCCCCAUCACCCGGCCUACCUGCCGAGUCGACUUCGCGAGGUUCAUGAGGCACACGACCUUAUGGAUACUGUUGUGCUGGGAAAGAGAAAGUACGACGACGACGAGGACAGCGAGGGCAGAGUCACGCCGGCCGACGGGCUGUCGCCCAUCGAUCCCAAGGAGUCGUCACCUCCGCAGUUCGAUCUCAAGCUCAGCGGCAAACGGGAGCUACUGAAUAAUAACACCGCCGAGCCGGUCAUCGAGAUCUCGACAUAGUCGCGACGAGCCUGGCCGUAUUCGUGGCUUCCCGAGCUAAGGCGCUGAGCGAGACUAUUCGCUUUUGACUCUAUGAACGUAUUUUAUAGAUAGAUUCGAUCGUGUUUUGUGGACGUUCUGCGCAAGGCAGAUGAGCUCUUCAGAAAGAGACGAAGCAAGGAACGUGAUUUGGAUACUCGACGCGUUAAAUUCACGUUAAAUUCAAGUUGGCGCCUUAACUCUGUGUGUAAAGAUGACUUAUUAUUAUUAUAAACACAAGGUGGAUGAGAGGAACGGUCGGUUUUUCGAGUAUUAUUUAUUAUAUUUAAUGUUAACUGUGUCCGUUAUUACUUGCAGAGGCGAUUCGUUGUUGAUUAGAGAAAAAAAAAUUAAGAUUCGUUCCUGAUUAGUGACUAAGUUAUUUUGUUAUUCGCGAGAGUGACAUGUACUCUCGGUGUGGUGGUGAAUACGAUGCGAUGAGUGACGGAUGGGGUUGAUUGCAUUGGCUGAACGAAUUGUUGUUCGAAAUUAACUUAGUCAAGUAUAAAGCCAAAGCAUUGGAUGGAUUAUAGAGGUGUAGCGAGGAUUAACGAGAAAGGAUGUAAUUAUCUGCGAUUAAUAAUCAACGACAGCGGAAUGUACAAAUCUCUACUUUAAGCGAUAUAUAAUGACGUUUGUAAAAAGUCCACGUAAUUUUUAAUGAUCAUUAUGAAAUACAGCAUAUAAAUAUAUAGAGAGAAAAAAAUGUGAAUAUUAUUUGAAGGAAAAUAAAAAUAAUGCGUAGAAAUUUUA